AAUUACUAAACUAAUCGACCGUCCGUCUCCGAUAAAGAUAUUUAAGCGCAACGCUUUGUCACAGUCUCCUUCUUCCCCCUUCUCUCCGAUUUGUUCCGUCUUUUGCGUCAUGUCGUCGUUUGUUCCGCCGAGUCUCCGUCGUUACCGAUGUUUUUCCGUAGUUUCGAUUCUCCUUCUGCUAAGUCUCUCGGUAGUGGCGGCCGACGAUGUGUCCUGGACUGACGAUUCCGGCCUCGAGACUCCUGGCUGCACCAAUAAGUUCCAAAUGGUUAAGGUCUUAAACUGGGUUGAUGGGGUUGAAGGUGAUUUCCUUACCGUCUUAACUGCUCAAUUCGGAGCACCGUUACCUUCUGAUGCUGAUCAGAGCGUUAGAUUUCCGGCGGCUUUUGUAGAUCUUUUGGACUCUUGCUCCAAUCUCUCUUCCAGGGUCAGUUUAUCUUCUUCUUAGUUUAGUCAAUGCAAUCCAUUCUCUACAAGUGAAUGUCUUGUACAGAUUCUUGUGUACUGAGUUUGGGCAAUGUUCGUUGUUGUUUGGGAUGCUCUCAACAGGUCUAUGGUAGACAAAAAGAUUGUUGAGCUUCUGCUGUAUGCACCAACUCGCCCUACUGUGGACCUCACUGCAGGAUUGUUAUUGCUCAUGGCUGUUGGAACUGUUGUCGUUGCAUCACUGUGGUCAGAGCUUACAGAUCCUGAUCAAGCUAAUGAAUCUUACAGCAUAUUAGCAAAGGAAUUUUCUGGUGCUGGAACAAGAAAAGAUGACCUAGGGAAGUAAAUUCUUGAUAUAAGUGUCACUGGUGCUGUAUUUUUUAUCGUGACAGCCUCCAUUUUUCUGCUGCUCCUUUUCUACUUCAUGUCAUCAUGGUUUGUAUGGGUCCUCACCAUAUUCUUCUGCAUCGGUGGCAUGCAGGGCAUGCACAACAUCACUAUGGCAGUUUUAUUAAGAAAAUGCAGACAUCUUAGUCGGAAAUCUGUGAAGCUCCCUUUGCUUGGGACUAUGUCAUGGAUGUCGCUUUUGGUGAAUAUUUUGUGUGUGGCGUUUGCUGUUUUCUGGUUUGUUGAAGGGCACACAUCGUUUUCUUGGGUUGGGCAAGACAUCUUGGGCAUCUGUUUGAUGAUCACAGCCUUGCAAGUGGUUCGAUUACCUAACAUCAAGGUUGCUACUGAACUUCUUUGCUGCGCGUUUGUCUAUGGCAUCUUCUGGGUCUUCAUAUCACCAUUGAUAUUUCACGAGAGUGUUAUGAUUGUGGUUGCCCAAGGAGACAGCAGCAGCGGUGAGUCCAUUCCGAUGUUACUAAGGAUUCCUAGGUUUUUUGAUCCGUGGGGUGGUUAUGACAUGAUUGGUUUUGGGGACAUCCUCUUCCCCGGUUUGCUCAUUUCCUUUGCUUCCAGAUAUGACAAGAUUAAAAAGAGGGUGACGCAAAUGGGUACUUCCUCUGGUUGACUAUCGGCUAUGGAAUAGGUCUUUUACUGACAUAUCUAGGUCUGUAUCUAAUGGACGGACAUUGCCAGCCCGCUCUACUGUACAUCGUACCAUGCACACUCGGUUUGGCCGUCAUUCUUGGGUUGGUAAGAGGAGAGCUUGAAGAACUAUGGAAUUACGGUGUCGAUGAAUCAGAAUCUCACACACCGGAGGAUCCUCUGCCUGUGGCAUAAGAACAUGUUUCAACAAUCUAAUUCCGUGUUAUCAAUAGCUUUCCCCUGGACGUCGAGCAAAACUUUGAGGAUUUAAUCUGUGAGAGAUGAUGUACAAAAAGCUUAUGUGAGUUCUCGGCAAAUCUAAACUUAAAUCGGAUACCAAAAGUAACUCAAGAGUCAUGUUGGAAAAUGUAGUAGUAUCAUGACAUUUUGUACAGAGUCUAAUUAAUCUUCUCUUGACUUCACCACAAGUAACCAACCAUCAUCUUUUUAGUAUUUUAAGUAACGCAAAUUCACUUUUGUUAUUAAUUCCUUUUUCGGAUACAGAUAGUCCCUCUAUAUAACUUGAAAAGUUU